GGACAAACAUUGUGAACAGAGAUGGUAUCAUAAUGAUUCAUUGAUCAAACCAUCGACACGAUACAAACAAGUUGAUUCCGGAGAGAAAAUGAACUGAUUUGCUAGGUACUUGUCACUGCCACUAUAAUUUGAGACCGCCUGCAGGCUGCAGCGAGGCCAGUCGAAGCAAUCCACUGCGCCAUACGGUAGCCGGCUAGCCACCAACAAAAUUUGUCCCCUGUCGGUAUUCCACCAUGUCAACCACCUCGCCGGCGUCCGGUGUCUCCGCCUCGGAAAUGCCGCCGCCGCGCGUCGUGGAGGACUUGCUCGGCCUCGUCCAGCUCCUCAGCGACGGCACCGUCAAGCGCGCCCAGGCGCGGCUCGUCCUCCCCGACGACGAGCCCGUGCCCUCGGCCGACGCGCCACCACCGGUCCGAUGGAAGGACGUCGUCUACGACGAGACAUACAACCUCAGCCUCCGCGUGUUCGUGCCGCCCGCCGGCGCCGAGAAGCUCCCCGUGCUCGUCUACUUCCACGGCGGCGGCUUCUGCGUCGGCAGCUUCGCCAUGCCCGAGUUCCACGCCGCGUGCCUCCGCCUCGCCGCCGAGCUGCCCGCCGUCGUGCUCUCCGCCGACUACCGCCUCGCCCCGGAGCACCGCCUCCCCGCUGCGCUGGACGACGCCGAGAGCCUCUUCUCCUGGCUGCGCGCCCAGGCCGCGGCGACCGGCGACCCGUGGCUCGCCGAGUCGGCGGACUUCGGCCGCGUGUUCGUGUCCGGCGACUCGGCCGGCGCCAGCAUCGCGCACCACGUGGCCGUGCGCGUCGGGUCGGGGAGCCUCGCCACCGGCGCGGUGCGCGUCGCCGGGUGCGCCCUGCUCUACCCGUACUUCGGCGGCGAGCGGAGGACGACGUCGGAGGCGGCCUGCCCGGCCGACAAAAUCCUGACGCUGCCCGUGUCCGACCAGAUGUGGCGCCUCGCGCUGCCGGCGGGGGCGAGCAGGGACCACCCGCUGGCAAACCCGUUCGGGCCGAACAGCCCCGCGCUGGACUCCGUCGCCCUCCCGCCGGUGCUCGUCGCGGCCGGCGACCGCGACAUGCUGGUCGACCGGAUCAGGGAGUACGCGGCGCGGCUGAACGCCACGGGGAACAAGCGCGCCGAGCUCGCCGUGUUCCCGGGGCAGGGCCACGGGUUCUUCACCUUGGAGCCCGACGGCGAAGCCGCCGGCGAACUGCUCCGCGUCGUGCUGCGGCGGUUUGUACACGGCGGCACGGCGGCGCCCGCCAGUUGACCGAGCUCACGGCCGCCAUGGGGACCACUCUGGAGUCUGGACGCGUCCCGUGAGGUAGGCCGUGACGCGUAAGGUUCUUGUCGCUUUCAUGCGUCGCCUGAUUGCUUCACUGCAUUGUCUUUGUCUGGAAUUGAACACGAAAUAAAGCUACUGUGGUACCUGUAGGCUUGGUUGAUAAAAUUUCUGCUGUUACUGUUCAAGUUUGGUUGCUUUUGUUUGGUUUGGAUGAAUUUUCCGCCAAUCCGCCUAGAUUUUGAUAUUCGCCAGAAAUGAGUUUUUUACCUUAUGUUUUC